AUGGGUGGUGGUGGAAGCACGUACAAAGAAGAGCAGAGUCGUGCCGACACUGGUGAGAUGACAAUGGACGCUAUCUUGGCUCGAUUGAAACUCCUGAAUCCAGAUGACCUUAGAGAAGAAAUUGUGAAAGCUGGAUUGAAAUGUGGACCCAUUACAUCAACCACAAGGUUCAUUUUUGAGAAAAAAUUGGCUCAGGCUCUACUGGAGCAUGGAAGAACACUGCCUUCACAGCCUCCUGGCCACGACAUGUCAGGAGCCACAACCAUAAGCCAGGACGCACAGAGAAAUUGGAAGUUGGCUGUAGGGAGCCAACCUGAGCAGGUUGGCUUGUCUUCUGAGGACAGAGAUUUUGGUUACAGCGUGGGCCUGAAUCCUCCAGAGGAAGAUGUCGUAAUGUCUAAGACCUGCUCUCUGUCCUUCGGUGCUGCCACUGGGGUCAACGGUCACAAAGCCAUGGUGACGGCCUCUGCAGGGCCGCCUCUGUACUAUGGGGUAUGCCCGGCGUACGAGGACAUCCCUGCAAGAAAUGAAAGGAUUCAUGUUUAUGAAGAUAAAAAGGAAGCACUGCAAGCUGUCAGAAUGAUCAAAGGAUCUCGAUUUAAAGCUUUUUCAAGUAGAGAAGAUGCUGAGAAAUUUGCUAGAGGACUUUGUGAUUAUUUCCCUUCUCCCAGCAAAGCCUCUUCAGCACUUUCUCCUGUGAAAACAGCACCACUCAUGAGCAGUGGUGGGCUGAAAGAUGGUUUGUACCCACCUGAGUCUGAAACUGUAAACAAAGAGCGAGCCAACAGUUACAAAACCCCCCGUACUCAAGAUCUCACUGCCAAACUUCGAAAGGCUGUGGAGAAGGGAGAAGACGACACCUUUUCCGAUCUCAUCUGGAGUAACCCCCGGUAUCUGAUUGGUUCGGGGGACAAUCCCACCAUUGUGCAGGAAGGAUGUCGGUACAAUGUUAUGCAUGUUGCUGCCAAAGAGAAUCAGGCUUCUAUCUGCCAGCUGACCCUAGAGACUCUGGAAAACCCCGAGUUUAUGCGACUCAUGUACCCGGAUGAUGACCAGAACAUGCUGCAGCAGCGCAUCUAUUACAUCGUCGACCUAUACCUAAACACGCCUGACAAAGUGGGCUAUGACACACCAUUGCAUUUUGCUUGUAAGUUUGGGAAUGCAGACGUGGUCAAUGUGCUUUCUUCACACCCUUUGAUUGUAAAAAACCCAAGGAAUAAAUAUGAUAAAACUCCUGAAGAUGUCAUUUGUGAAAGAAGCAAAAAUAAGUCUGUGGAGCUGAAGGAGCGGAUCAGAGAGUACUUAAAGGGCCAUUACUACGUGCCACUCCUGAGAGCUGAGGACACGUCGUCUCCGGUGAUCGGGGAGUUGUGGUCUUCAGACCAGAUGACCGAGACCUCUCACGUCAGCCAUGGUGGAGGCGGCCCCAGAGACCCUGUUCUGACCCUGCGAGCCUUUGCAGGGCCCCUCAGCCCAUCCAAGGCAGAAGACUUCCGCAGGCUCUGGAAGACCCCACCUCGAGAGAAAGCGGGCUUCUUUCACAGUGUCAGGAAGACGGAUCCAGAAAGAGGCGUAGAGAGAGUGGGAAGGGAGCUGGCUCAUGAGCUGGGGUAUCCCUGGGUCGAGUACUGGGACUUUCUGGGCUGCUUUGUUGACUUGUCUUCCCAGGAGGGUCUGCAAAAACUAGAAGAAUAUCUCGCUCCCCAGGAAGUGCGCAACGAUGCCCAAGAGUCGGGAGAAAACGAAGCCAGCCAUCAGGACGCCUCUGUCUCUGGCCGUCGGAAGUGCAGCAAUUCCAUCUCCGUGAGGGCUUUUCUGGACGAAGAUGACGAAUUGAGCUUGGAGGAGAUUAAAAAUCGGCAGAACACAGCUCGGAACAACACCCGGCCCACACUUGGCACUUUUGGGGACUUGGAGUGUGACAUCCUUCCCUUGGAGCAGGAGACCGAACUCAUAGAAGCCUCCACCCUGACCAGUGCCCACAGCAGCAAGAAUGGAUUUUGUAGCCCCCUAAGUGGAGGCCAGACUCUGGGGAGGAGGCGGCCAGAAGCCCCGCGUGGGGAGGAAGCCCUUCUCUCACCGGUACCGGGCCUGACUGUUGAGUUUGAUAAACUAAAUUUGCAAGAUCUAGGAAGUAACUUUUCUAAGACCCCAAAUAAAAAUAUGAAAACUGCAGAUAGACGGAGUCCGACAUCAAGAACGGAUGCGGUGGAGAGGGACUUGUUAGAGCCGUCUGCUGCUGAUGUUCUUACAAAUGAGCAAAUGAGGACAGAAAAUGAAAUGUCAGCCAGAAUUGCUAAGAUACGCCUGGGUCUUGACGCUCCUGGGCACAAGGCACAGCAGAGCUACAGUUCCCCGUCCCCAGAGCCCUCAGGGGUCCCAGCUAGGAAGGAACCCAUCCAGAGGCUCUUCCUUUUUGGAGAGGAGCCGUCCAAACUGGAUCGGGACGUGUUGGCCGCUCUGGAGGGUACGGAUGUGGACCCACAGCGGUACCCGGCUGUCCACAGGUGGAAGAGCGCCGUCCUAUGCUUCUCCCCCUCAGACAGACAGAGUUGGCCGAGCCCCGCGCUGAAAGGGAGGCUGGAGUGUCGGCAGCCGGAUCUUGGUGGCCCCCACAGCUGCAGCCCAGGGAGAAGCCCCGGGAAGCCCGGCCCCACACCCCACUCCCCAGGCCUGGGCAGCCCUGGGCGCUAUAGCCCCGCAGGCGGGGGCCGCCUCCGCAGGAUGGCGCGCCUGGCCCAGCUCACGGCCUUGUAG